CAAGUCCUAAACAAUGAAGCAAACAUAUAUUUCGAAGCUCUAUGUCUCUCUGUUUCUAUAAAUCCAAGAUUUCGGCAGCCACUGUGGAGUUGGAAACAAGAAAACCUAAUUACAAUGAAAAGGAAGUUAAUGGAUCAGAAUAUGGGAUCAGAGAUUAGAAGUGCCAUUGAAGAACUCUCCGUUAUGGUCAAGGUUAAAGGUGCUAUAUUGGUCCCAGCGGCUGAACAUGGUGGUGGUGAUCAUGCUCACGAGGCUGCUCAUAUUCCCACCAGGCCUUUUCUUUCUCUCUGCAGCUUGCUUCUUCAAGUUCUUGAUAAAAUAGGACCAACAAUGGCUGUUCUAAGCCAAGAUAUUCAUCAAAAUAUUCGGAGAUUGGAAACGAAACAUGAAUCAGAUCUUUCGACAUAUUCAAAUAUGGUUGAGAUGUUGAAAAAUGAGGCGACUGAAGGCAUUGCUAGAAACGUUACCAGUUGUAGUAGAGCCUUUGUUUGGCUCACCAGAUCCCUAGAUUUUACCGUGGCCUUGUUGCAAAAUUUAGUGAGAGAUCCCGGGCAGAAUAUGCAGCAGACAGUGGAAGAGUCUUACAACAUUACUUUGAAGCCAUGGCAUAGGUGGAUUUCAUCAGCUGCUUCUAAAGUAGCUCUAAUGCUAGUGCCUGACAAUGAAACAUUCAUUAGUAGCCUCAUGGCAAAAGAUGAAAACUAUGACAAUUUGAAACUGGAAAUAGAGACCAUGGUUUCCUUACUCGUGCCUUAUCUGGAAGAAAUCCACUUGAUUCUGGUUAAGUAUUCAACCACCCAACGCCUACCGGAUGCUUCUUCUUUGGCUAACAUAUGUUUUGACAUGUUUGAUUAUACUUGGUUUUUGCAGAGAUUUUAUCACUUGGAUAGGUUGAAGUCUAACUGAGGUACAAACGUAAAGAAAGCAAGACUAAUGAUUGUACAGCCAUGAGUCAAAGAGUCCAGCAUUCCUGUGUAUAUGUGUGUGUGUGUGUGUGUGUGUGUGUGUGUGUGUGUGUAUGUGUGUGUAGAUAAAUAUGUGGAAAUCGUAUUUGGUUAUGUGUAAUUAAUAAAGCAAAAUUGUCUUUGUGUUUCGUAUAAGUUUCUAAUGUAUCUCAAUAUGAAGGAACAUCUAUCUAUGAUAUCCUCUGUACAGUUUUAUUGGAAAAUACUCACGAGUUUGGGUGCUUAUGAA